AUACCCAACUUGCGGCGAAUAAAAGAAAAUCAAUGCCCGGAACGCCGCCGUCAUCUCCGUGCGCGAGGUGUGUCGAGGGCAACGAAGACGGUCUCGGACGAGCUUGAACGCGGCUCCACCACGUAUAAAGCCGCGCGUCUUGAACAAAGAGCAAGAACUUUCCCACGAGGGUUACACGGAUUUCGCGAGCGGUUCCGAGGGUGGUAGAGCGAGAAAGAAAGAAAGAGGUACAUCGGCCGAGUCACGUUCUGCCGAGCGGUAUCGCAUUUCUCACACGAGCGAUCGGCCGCCCUUUGUAAUCAUGAUACUCGAAAACACCAUCCGUCAGCGACUUGGCAAACACAGCAGAAGCGUUCGCAGCACGAACGUCCAACAGGAUCUGCGUGCGAUAUAUCGGAUCAGAGUUUGCAAUCCCGACUAGAUGCGAUGGCGACGUGCGAAGGAGCAGGCCAGCGCUCGAGCAGACCGACGACCACCGGAUCACGGUGAAUCUGUCUUGCGGAGAUUUGCUUGUGUCAGAUAUACGAGAAGGAAAAAUGCAGAACGAAUGUAACGUCGACGAUAACGAUGUCAUUUACAAGGAUGUUGUAAUUAUAGGAAACGGGCCCAGCGGGAUAUGCUUGUCGUACAUGCUCGCCGGAAACUGGCCUUACUACACCGGCGAGCCCCAUCCUGGCGACGACAUGCUCACGGCGCGGCUGAACUUUAACGUAACAAACGCCAGCGAAGAGGAGGUCGAGGAAGAUGCGAACGCCAACAAACGGCACCAAUGCUCCGAGACCGGUGUCGUCAGGACAGCGCAAGAGGGUGGGUUAGCUCGCAGCACGCGCAAUAAGCUGGAAUGUCUGUCUUCUGGUAUCGAGGGCAGAGGCGGUGGACGACCCUUGGCCCUCCUGAUGGACCAACUGCAGCAUCCAUGCGUAGACGCCGGCCUGGACGUGCCGUCACUUCUCGAUUGGAGAUCCGCCAGCGAGUGUCCCGAGCACAGGAUCGUGGACCACAUUGUCCUCGGCAAGGGCCAACCUGGCGGCGCCUGGCAGUCUAUGGAUCCCAAUGUGCUGACCAUCAGUCUAAGCCGAUGGAUGUCCCUUCCUGACUUGGAUCUGAGGCACUGGGAGAAACUUGUCGAGGCUGAGCAAUUACAGAAGUCGGUGUUGGCGGAGAGCGACAUGUGCGCGUACAUACGGCAGGAAAAACUGAACGUCUGCAAGACAGCCAGUCGAGUCUCCGUGGGUACCGUAGCCGCUUAUUACAAGGACUACGUGCGUAGAAAAGGCCUGAAGCAAUACUUCCGAUGCGGGACCACAGUUACUUCAGUAAGAACGAAUUCGGAUUCGCCCGAGAACAAAAGAGGGUAUAACUGGAUCGUGGACGGCUACGAGAACAAGAGCGGCAAGCGAUUUCGAUAUCAAUGUAAGAGAGCGAUCCUUGCGACCGGCACGACCGACUUGUCGAAUCAGCUGGGCGUCUCAGGGGAGAAAAUAUACGAUUGGGUGACACACGAUCUCAACGAUCUCGAGACUCGUCUGGAACGUUUAUUCGAUGAAUAUGACGAAAGUACGGCUGACGAGCAAGAGCAUCCCGUGUUAGUGGUAGGAGCCGGCCUCAGCGCAGCCGACGCAGUCAUGGCCGCGCGCUUUCGCGGCAUACCCGUGCUACACGCAUUCCGCAACUCGACGAACGAGUGGGGUAAAGAGACCGCGGUCAAGAUAAAUAGCAGUUACGACCGACUGCAAUGGUUGCCCAGUGCUAUUUAUCCGGAGUACCACAAGGUAUAUGAAAUGAUGGCCGACGGAGGCACCAAUUAUCCUCUCUACAAGUCGCUGCCAGGAUACACGCUUGUGAGUCUCGAUGAAGAUGAUGGUGACGAAGGAAUCGACGUAAACCCCAGGAGAAUGGCCACUCUGUCUGCUCCAGAUGGGCAGCUGCACACGUUUCAAGUGUCGACCGCGGCUAUUCUUAUCGGAUACAAACCCGAUUUAUCUUACUUGGAAGGCAGCGGUGUCAGGCUAGGUAAAAUUGCAGACCGACCAAUUGACAGCAAAUCGAAUCCGAUCGAGAUCGACGAUAUCACGUAUGAGGUGAUCAAGGCACCGACGAAGGGACUUUACGCACUGGGGCCUUUGGUCGGCGAUAAUUUCGUUCGCUUCGUCCUGGGUGGUGCGUUUGGAAUUUUGGCACACAUCUUGUGCACCACGAACACGUGAAAGCCGUUGACAGCCGUUCGCGAGAGCCGAUCGUGUCUUAAUAAAAUUGUAUUAUAUACAGACGUAUUGAGACAAUGAAGAUUGUGUGACUUGUACUGCUCAAAUUAUGUGAGUGCUGAAAGACUACCGCUUUAGCUCUUAACACUAACGUCGGCGGUAACGCUCGGUAAAUCUGUUUGUACAUACUAUUGAAGUUAUUUUUAUAUUCCUUUUCACAUUACCGAGAUAGAACCACAGAUGUUUUAACUAUUUCGGUACGGUAUAUUGCGUGAGGCAUAUCGCAGAAGCCAAAGCCAGUUGAUUCGUCGAUAUAUACCCAUCGGAACGAGAGAACUGUGUUCGAGGUCUGAUCACACAGAGAAUGUUGCGUGAUCAGUCACUGUAGCUAAUAUUUGGCCAUAACGAGUGUUGUCUACACGAGAAUUAUAAUCCAUACCGGAAAAGUUGAGUAUACAUAGCUAUUUAGAUAUUUCAUCCCUUAGUGGGGGAAAAAGGCCGAAGAGAUCAUUACAAUGUUCAUCAGCGAUAGCGUACACAGGUGCGGUAAAAGAUGACAAUUGAUACUUCUCUACCUUCGAUCUAUAUUCAUACCUGAUAACAUUCCAUUCGGCAAAUAAAUUGCGUAAAAGUGGCCGGUAGAAACAGUACAGUUUCACGUAAUUUGUUGUUUAAUAGGUAUUAUCGACAAAUACACUUGUCAUGAUUCACAAGCCCUCGAUAUGCGAGUGCAUACAAAUACCACUCCUUGUAGAGUGUAUACACGAACUGGUGGAAAUAUAUAUCAUAAUGAGCUUCGUGAGAAGGAGAUGUCAACCAUCUGCGAUUACGCAGACGAUACGAUGAAAUUCGCGAUAUAAAUUGCGACAUUACUCAGUGUGUACUUAUGAUCGGUCAAUAUUUGCCUUUUUACAGUUACGUUAAACACGCAUUUUCUUAGACACAUCUACUUAUAAUGAUUAAAGGAUUUUUAAUCAUUUUCAUUCUUGCGAAAUCGAAUAUAUUUAUCUUGAAUCGACCGGAUCGCAAUUGUGCUCGUUUGAACGCACAAGUAUUUACACACGUGUGAAUCAACUAAAAUAUUCACAUUAUUUUUUUCCGAGUCACGUGCGCACAUAAGAGUAUAUCUCACGAAAUGAUUAUCGUAUGUUUGUUUUGACGCGAAAUCUUCGAUCCAUCGUGAUAUACCUCUGCAUCUCUUAUUAAUAAGCUGUGAUUACUUUAAUAAUGCAGUAGGCUAGUAAUGCUUUUUUAUUAAUAUAAGCUAUACAUCAGUAAUAAUGCCUUUUUAGUACAAAACGUUUUUGUUUAACUCUCGUUUUGUUAAAUGUUGAUCUUGACAUUUAUUUACAUUUAAUUUACAAGCAUACUUUAUCGUUUAUAAUUUAUAUGAUUCUUUUUACAAUACUUAAUGCGUAAACAUGUAAAAAAGUGUACUAUUGUAUAAUUUAAAUUAUAUAAUAUAUAUUACAUAAUAUGUAUAUUAUAGUAAAAGUUAAUUUUCUACACCUAAAGAUGGGUUAGAGAAAAAAAGAAAUGUGUUUUUUUUUGUCAUUAUAUUUUAAGCAAAUUUUCACGUUAAUAUUUGAUGAUAUUCUAUGAAAAGAAUGAAAAAUAUUUUUUUGUCAUAUCAGACUUACAUUAUAUAGACUUAUAUGGUAAUACGUACUGUAACAGGAAGCCUAAUGUAUUUAGAUAUGACGUUAUAACAAAUUAUAUAAUAAUAACGGCAACACUGAACAUAGUAUUUAGUAAGUGCUAUAAAUAUUACAGUGUGCAUAAGGAAUCAAAUGAAUAUUGUAACAUAUUGAUUUAUAGCAUAGUGAUAUAUGCGUGAGAUUUUUAGAAAUUUUAUUGAUAUAAACAUUGAUAUACAUAUGUGUAUAUAUGUGUGUAUAUGUGUGAAUAUAUAUAUAUAUAUAUAUAUAUACACACACACACAUAUAUAUAUACAUAUAUUUAGUUCAAUAAUAAUAACAACAAUGCGUAUGUGUGAACACAAAAAUACUUAACACACAAUCUGUGAUAGGAGGUGCAAUGUUCAAGAAGUUAAUAUAAAGUGCAAUGAAAUAGCUAAAAAUAAAUAAAUCAAAUCUUGAAUAUA